UUUAUCAGUGUUGCUACGGUGCUGCCUGGCAACAUUACACUAAGUUUGACCACGACCGACAGUUCUUUCCUAAAGUCGAUUCAAGUUGCUUGUCAGAGAUCAGGGCUAAUAAAAAACAGCGAAAAAUGACAACAAGACAGGUACUUCAAGUAUUUGAACAGUAUCAGAAGGCAAGAACAACGUUUGUACAAACGGUUGCAGAGCUUGCUUCAAGACCUCAAAACAUUGAAACUUUACAAAAUGCAGGUGUCAUGGCAUUACUCAGACCACUUCUACUGGAUGUUGUUCCAACGAUUCAACAGACAUCAGCACUAGCUCUUGGCCGACUGGCCAACUACAAUGACGAUCUAGCUGAAGCAGUUGUAAGAGCAGAUAUCCUGCCUCAGCUGGUUUACUCUCUUGCAGAGCAAAAUAGAUUCUACAAAAAAGCAGCAGCAUUUGUGUUGAGAGCAGUGGCAAAGCAUUCACCUCAGCUAGCUCAGUCUGUUGUGGAUUGUGGAGCUCUUGAUGCACUGGUUAUUUGUCUGGAGGAAUUCGAUCCUGGUGUAAAGGAGGCAGCAGCUUGGGCACUAGGAUAUGUAGCAAAACACAACACUGAGCUAGCACAAUCCAUCGUUGAUGCUGGAGCUGUUCCUUUACUGGUGCUCUGUGUUCAAGAGCCUGAAUUGUCUGUCAAAAGAAUUGCUGCCUCCGCAUUAAGUGAUAUUUGCAAGCAUUCACCAGAGCUGGCACAAACAGUUGUCGAUGCUGGUGCCAUUUCUCACCUUGCACAAAUGAUUCUCAAUCCAGAUGCAAAGUUAAAGCGCCAAGUUUUCUCAGCCUUGAGCCAGAUAGCCAAGCAUUCUGUUGAUUUGGCUGAAAUGGUGGUUGAAGCAGAGAUUUUUCCAGCUGUCCUCACCUGUUUGAAAGAUACAGAUGAAUAUGUGAAAAAGAACGUAGCCAUUUUGAUAAGAGAAGUUGCCAAGCACACACCCGAGCUCGCCCAAUUAAUAGUUAACGCUGGUGGCGUUGCUGCUGUUGUGGAUUAUGUAACAGAAACCAGAGGCAAUAUCCGGCUGCCUGGAGUUAUGAUGCUUGGCUACGUUGGAGCACAAUCUGAAAACCUUGCAAUGGCAGUUAUCGUAUCGAAGGGAGUUGUUGCUUUGGCAGUUGUUCUAUCUGAAGAAAAUGAGGAUCACAUCGUGGCUGCCGCUGCUUGGGCGUUAGGACAAAUUGGACGUCAUACCCCAGAGCAUGCAAAAGCAGUUGCCGUUGCUAACGUCCUUCCGAAGUUGCUGAGUAUUUAUCUGGCACCCGAUUCAUCAGAAGACUUACAGAUAAAGACGAAGAAGGCACUCAAAAACGUGCUUCAGAAAUGCAUUCAUUUACCAGCUCUAGAACCCUUACUGCACAAUGCCCCACCUAAUAUUUUAAAACACGUGGUUGCUCAGUUUGCAAAGGUUUUACCACAUGAUGCAAAGGCAAGAAAGUUGUUCGUCACAAGUGGUGGUCUGAAAAAGAUACAAGAAAUCAAGGCAGAACAAGGCUCUAGUACACACGAAUACAUCAACACAAUCAAUAAUUCUUAUCCAGAGGAAAUUGUCAGGUAUUAUUCCCCCGGCUAUUCAGAGAAGCUUUUGGACCGCAUUGAACAAUACAACCCAGUUAUCUAGUUCCUUUUAUUGAAGAAUCUUCCUCUUGUUAUGUGAUUUAUACUUUUAUGUAAAUAAUGCUUUGUUGUCCACGUAUUAUUUUUCUUGUAUAUAUAUUAUGUAAUGAAAAAAAAUAAGAGGG